AUGCCGAGCACAACGACCCCCUCGGUCAUUGCGGCGGUGUCUCUGGGGGCAAUUGUUGAUGUGAAGGACAAGAACAGCCUCUACGUCAGCAACCUCAGCGUCAAUGUCACCGAGAACUCUUUGCGGGAGGUUUUUCACUCCUGUGGCCAGUUGGAUGAGGUCAUCUUUCGCACAUAUCCAGGGUCGCUGAAAUGGUACGCGCAGCUCAACUUCCGUUCGCCCGAGGGUGUGGUUCAGGGCAGCAAGAUGGAAGGCACUCCGAUUUGUGGCACCGGCAUCCGCUGCAGCGCCAUCGACCCCACCAGCUUUGCGGCCAACGAAGUGCUGGCGCGGCUGCAGGCGAAGGAGGACGCGGCCAACAAGGAAGAUCCUGAGGUGGCAAGGCAAGAGUGGCACAAGAAGCUGCGCGAACAUGCAGAGGCCAGGAAGUUGCGCACAGUGCACAUCGAUGGCCUGCCCCAGAAUACCACCCUGCAGGGCCUCCAGCGGCUCGGAGAACAGUUUGGUGCCGUGGAGCAGUUGCGGCUUGACCGGGAUGACAAAGGUGCACCCUUCGGUCUGAUCCAGUUUAAGGAAUUGGGCAUUGCACGUGGCUGCUGCUUGCGUCGGACCUUUCUGGUGGAUGACCACGUGGUGCUGAUUUCCGAGUCCAAAUCCGAGGUGAAUUCCACAGACAUCGAAGAAGCCACGGUGGAGUUCCAACAUCCCUGCAUCGACCGCGCCCUAGCAGCGGCCAGUGGCGGGGAACAGACCAAAGCACCUCAGGGGAAGUUCUGGGAGGAUCUGGCGGAGAAGCGACGGCAGCUCUACAACUCCAAGCUGGAACAAGUUCGGCAGAACGCCGAGGCCAUCCUGGGACCAGGCGUGGCGCCCUCACCGCCGCCCUCCCCCGAGGAGGACGACUUUUUCGCCUGGGCGAAGCAAGCAGUGGCCUGGGCGGUGCCCAUGGACCCCGCGGCGGAGGAGGCGCAGGAGGAGGCCCCAGAUGGCAUCCAGGAGGAGGAGGAGCGAGGUCCGGUGGAUUUGGAGGAACAUCCAGACAUCGUUCCAGGAACGGAGCUGGCGGUGCUCAACGACUCCUCCGAGGAGGAGAUCUCCGACGGCGCCUCCGAGGAGGGCGGCGUGGACGUGGUGGGCGGCGCCUUUGCGGAUGGCCCCAAGGCGCGGAGGCAGCGCCGGGCGGCGCUGCGAGCGCAACGCAACAAGACCAGGCCCAAGGUCGCCGUGACGCAGGUGACGCCGUCGCAGUGGGCCGCGCAGCGUGCGCAGGCCAUGGAGCGUCUCCAGUCGUCGCCGGCGCAGUGGGCGGCGGCACGGCAGCGGGCGCUGGAACGGCUCAAGGCCAAGCGCCCGGCUGCAGGCCACGUUGUGAGCCUGGAAGAGGUCCAGCUCGAGGAGACGGAGAUGGUGCUGGAGACCGUCCCGGAGACGGUCCCGGAGACGGUCCUCGAUCUGGACGUGGAGCCGAAACCCAAACGGGCCAGGCUGUGCAUCCUGCGUACUGUGCAACGAACGGGUGCAAAGUAUGCCCUAUGGUCACACCAGAAGCUGGCGGCAGCUGCAGGCGUUCCAGCCGAUGUCAUCGAGACACUUUCGCAAGGCAGAGAUUGCAAGGAGUGCCAGUCUCUAGACGCACGGGAGUCUGCAGCGCUGGCGCUCUCGGAUGCGCUGCUGGAGGCUGGCAUGAACGUCAGCGAGGCAACCUAUGCCGUGGCCCUGGGUGCCCUGGGCGAGCGCCAAACUUUCGAGGUCGCCUGCACCGUUGGAUUUUACCUUCUCCUGAGU